GGCCUUGCGUCGCGCCGCGGGCACGUCGCUGCGCGUCCUCAGUAUUUAAUGUCUCAGUGUUCCACCGGUCUAGAGGAGCACGUGGGGGAGCGGCCAGAACGCCGAGCUGAGGGCCGCGGGGCGGGGCUGGGGCCGGGGUCGAGGGGCGGCGACGGACGCCUAGGAGCUGCUCUCCCAGGUAUAAUUCCUUCAGACCUCCAGGAUGGCCAUCCAGUUCCGUUCAUUUUUCCCCUUGGCAUUGCCUGGGAUGCUGGCACUCCUCGGCUGGUGGUGGUUCUUCUCUCGUAAAAAAGAGGACGACAGCAGCCAUGACACCCGGUUGAAGGCCUGUGCUGGGGAGCAGAAGGCCCACCCUGCCAUCAAGGAACCACUCCCCUUGGAGAAUGCCUGUCCUGUAGAAGGGCCCACAUCCCCCAGUGUCACACAGCUGUCGGAAAAGGAGCUAUCCUCUGUGAGCAAGCCUUGUGGGGAGCCCCUAACCUUGCUGCAAGCACAUCCAGCCUGUCGUAGAUCAGAGUCCUCAGGCAACCUUCCUAACACCACGGACACACAAUUUCAACCAGGAAUGUGCGAAGAUGACAGUGCCAAGAUGGAACUAGCCCUGAUGGGUGAUGACGUCAGGUCUUGCCCUCCAGAGUGUCCCCUUCCAUCCCCAAAAGGUGUUGCAUUCCCCCAUGAAGCAGUUGAGGUGUGUAAGCUAGAGUCCACAUUCUGGAUGGCCAGGCAGGGGCAGCAAGGCCAGUGUGCAACCCCUGCAGAGAAGCACAGCCCCCGGGAGAAGGCCAGAGAGAUGGGUGGGGCCGAAGGCACUGGCGAGGCAGUGUUGGGAGAAACUGUGCUGGAAGAAGGUGUGUUGUUUCAGGAGCAGGGCUCUGAAUUGCAGAAGAGCAAGGUGCCCAGCCUGGCUUUCCUGGAAGGAGGGGGGGAGAAGAGGGAGAGCAGCCCACCACAGGUGGAAGAGGAUGGGGGCACAGUAGGGGAGUCGUCAAGCGCUUCCGUUGAGUCUACGCCCCCAGAACUGGAGAAGGAAAAUGAGAGGUCGGCUCCCCAGGCCGGGGGUGGCCGAGUCUGGGACAGAGACUUCACAGGAGAACUGGGCCAAGAGGAGGCCUUAAAUAAAAAUGCAAAUAUUCAGAAGGCUGCCUUCCAGAUCAUCUCCAAAGUGAUCUUGGAGGCCACUGAGGAAGUGCUGGCCACCACCAUGGGCAAGAUUGCAGGUCGAAUGUACCAGACCUCAGCUGGUCAGCUCCAAGGGCGGAAGGAGGAGAGCUGUGCUCUCCUAGUCAGCCAGAACACUGCCCUGGGGCAAAGGGCUGAGGAAGCUGCUGCGGAAGCCACCACAGCCCCGUCGGCCAUUGCCCUCCCCUUGCCAGGCCUGCCGGCAGGGUGCCCACCACCACCAAAGACCUACAUAAGCUGCCUGACCAGCCCUCUGUCCAGCCCCACCAAGGACAAGAAGCCAAAGAACUCUGCGUGCCACAUCUCCCUGGCCCACUGCCCAACACCGGCUGCCCUGCUCCGAGAGUCUCUAGACCAGGCAAGUGUCCUGGUGGAAGAUGUGGGCUGUGACGACAGCCAGGGUGUCCCUUCUGUGGCCUCCUGUGGGCAGUGCUCAGAUUCUGUCAGCACUUCAGGGCUCGAAGACUCUUGUACUGAGACCAGCUCAAGCCCCAGGGACAAGGCCAGCACCCCACCGCUGUCAGAAAGUACUGUGCCCUUCAGCAAUGGGGUGCUGAAGGGGGAGUUGUCAGACUUGGGGACUGAGGAUGGAUGGACCAUGGAUGCAGAAGCAGAUCAUUCGGGAGGGUCAGACGGGAACAGCAUGGAUUCGGUGGAGGGCUGCUGUGGCCUCAGGAAGACUGACGGUUUCCAGAAUGCUCAGGCAGGCUCCAGUCCUAAGAAGGUUGACCUCAUCAUCUGGGAGAUUGAGGUACCAAAGCAUUUAGUUGGCCGACUAAUUGGCAAGCAGGGGCGGUAUGUGAGUUUUCUAAAACAAACCUCUGGUGCCAAGAUCUACAUCUCAACCCUGCCUUACACCCAGAACAUCCAGAUCUGCCACAUAGAAGGCUCUCAGCAUCAUGUAGACAAGGCACUGAACUUGAUUGGGAAGAAGUUCAAGGAACUGAAUCUCACCAAUAUCUACGCUCCCCCCCUGCCUUCGCUGGCACUGCCUUCUCUUCCAAUGACUUCCUGGCUCAUGCUCCCCGACGGCAUCACUGUGGAGGUGGUCGUGGUCAACCAGGUCAAUGCUGGACACCUGUUUGUACAGCAGCACACACACCCCACCUUCCAUGCGCUGCGCAGCCUGGACCAGCAGAUGUUCCUGUGCUAUUCUCAGCCCGGAAUCCCUACCUUGCCUACCCCUGUGGAAAUAACGGUCAUCUGUGCCGCCCCUGGCGUGGACGGUGCCUGGUGGCGAGCUCAAGUGGUGGCCUCCUAUGAGGAAACAGAUGAAGUCGAGAUUCGCUAUGUGGACUACGGUGGAUAUAAGAGAGUGAAAGUAGAUGUGCUUCGGCAAAUUCGGUCUGACUUUGUGACACUGCCAUUCCAGGGAGCAGAGGUCCUUCUGGACAGUGUGAUGCCCCUGUCAGAUGAUGACCAGUUCUCACCUGAAGCGGAUGCCGCUAUGAGCGAAAUGACAGGAAAUGCAGCACUGCUGGCUCAGGUGACAAGUUACAGUCCAACUGGACUUCCUCUGAUUCAGCUGUGGAGUGUGAUUGGAGAUGAAGUGGUGUUGAUAAACCGAUCACUGGUGGAGCGAGGACUUGCUCAGUGGGUAGACAGCUACUACGUGAGCCUCUGACCCCCAUCCCUCCACAGCUGCUUCUUGAGUCUUUUUUGCACUGUUGAAAUUGGGCUUGGCACUAAGGCAAAGAAAGACUUCACAUCAGAAUAGCAAACUUUGUCCUCCCCAGGAAGUCCUUUUUUUCAUACUGUAUUCGUGUUACAAAGAUGUUUCGUCUCUGAGAAGGAACUGUGAGUUCUCUUCAGAGCCAUGGGAUGGUGUUUAAUGAGCCAGUUGGCUUAACCUGGUUCCAAGCUGUUUAAAAUAAAAAAAAGGAAGUGGAAGAAGAACCAUCUCAGCUAGGUUGUCCUUGUCCUGUUCCCCCUCUGUGCCCUUCUUCCUUCCCACUUUCUCCUCCAUCCUGUAGAUGACAGCAGACAGGUCAAGGGAUGUGUUGCUUGCUUGAAAGGGUCUCUUUUACUUCAAAAUCUAUUUUCAGGGAGCAAGACAUGAACUGAAUAAUUGGUAUUGAUUACUUGUACAGCUUGCAUAAAUGAAUGAAUGAUGUUUAACCAGUUUUUAUAAACUUCAUGUAGGUCUCUAAAAAGGCAGACUUUUUAAUGCAUAUGUAAGUAUGAAGCAAUCAUACCUCUGGCCUUGGUCAUUGGGGGAGAGGAGCUGUUAGAUUGCCAAGCCUUGUUGUAAUUUAUAACCAUUUUCUAUUUGUGCAAACUCUGUAAAUAUAUGUUUAAAAAAUGUAAUAUUUUGUAUAAGAUACACCGGAGGACAAAGGGAACUCAAGAUUUUUCCACACCCCAUGUCAUCUGUGAGCAGAAGUUACUUCUGCAGAGUGCAGCUGCCCAUCCCAGCUCCUCCCUUGGCUUCCUGCAAACUAGACAAGGUGACUGUAUGGUGCAGACUGUGAUCCGGGGAUUUUUUUUUCUUCUGUACAAAUUUGUUUAAAAAAAAAAAAAAAGCAACUCAUUGAAUUACCUUG